AUCUGUCCACAGUGCGUCCUCCGGUGCCCUCGCCGCCUCCUAUCUCUGCUGACCCAAGGAUAAGCUCAUCGCACGACAAUGGCCCCACUAGAGACAGGAGAUGGCUGUGGAGUGGAGUGUCUGCUCGAGGCAAGCCGAGAGGUGCUGAGGGGACAGCGGCCAUGUGACCGUGGUUGCAGGGAUUGGUUUAGUGCAGAUGUGACAUCAGCAAGCCUCCCACUCCCUCCCUCCCUCUCUCUACCUCUCUUUCUGUAUCGCUCUGCUUUUUUUCUCUCCCUCCCUUCUCCUUUCCUCAGCAUCCCCCCUCACAGAGAUGGCGUGUGUCGGUGCUGCUCGGGCGGCUGGGGCCUAACGUGCACACAGAGAGGACGCCCCCUCCCCAUCCCCCGAUUUGCUGCAUAUUCCUCGGGUGUCUCCUCUCGCCGUGUCCUCCACCGCCGCCACUGCUGCUUCUGCUCUUCCAAAGCUCUUUACCACCCCACCUCCCUGUAAGGGUGUCUGGGAGUCGGGGCCCUUGGGGGUGGAGGGGAAUCGUGCUUCGCCGGGGGAGCUGUGCGGAAUUAGCUAUGCCCUACCCGAGCAUCCUUUGACCGGCUGGAUUUCACCAUUUCUGCGCACCAGGGGGGGCGCCACGUAGGAUGAAAAGCAGCAGUCAUGAUGCAAGGACUCAAAAACAGAACCAGAAAAGCCCUCGGCUUGAGAAAGAAGGACAAGGAUACGGAUGGAACGAGUUCCCCUGACAAAGAAGGAAGUGGAAGCGGAAAGAAAGGAAGUAAAAAAGCCAAUGGAGCACCAAAUGGUUUCUAUGGGGAGAUUGACUGGGACAGAUAUGCCUCUCCUGACGUGGACGAAGAGGGCUUCAGCCUCCGCCCCGGGGAUGAGGGUGAUGCAGCUUCCAAAGGAAAGCACUUUUUCUCCUCCAGCGACUCGGAAGAUGAUGAGGAGAGCAAGAAGAAGUUCAAAAUCAGGAUCAAGCCGCUGGUGGCGGACAGUGCCAAGUGUGCCCCCUCGUCGAUGGACGAGCUGAAAGCCUCAGUGGGGGGCCUGGCCCUCUCUCCGUCUCUGAAGAGAAGUCCGAGACGCAGCCCGGGGCAGAUAAAAAGGAACUUGUCCUGUGAAGAGAUUGCCAGACCCAGACGCUCCACCCCCACACCAAGUCCUGCCCCAGAGACGCCGAGUGAUAGGCUGUCACAGAACGUUCCUGCCUUCUUUGGCCCGCCUUCAGAGACCAGAUACGCCAGAUACGAUGUGGUCCCUGCAGAUGUGUGGGGAGAAUCGAGACUGCACUCAGAAUCCCCUCUGAGUAGAAGCUUCCCAACAGGAGCUCCUCCUCCGCUUCCUCCAAAAAACAUUCCAUCCAGAAGUCAUUACGGCUAUUCUUCGGACUCUGCUGCUGAUCUACCCAAUGGCAGGGCAGGUCGCAGUUCCGCCCCUAUCUACCUGAAUGUCCUGUCCCCCGCCUCCUACCGCAGCCCCCCGGCCCCUGACCUGGACGACGUGUUCGGCCCUACGGAUGCCACCCGCCUCAGCGAGGAAGCAAUGUCUCCCAGAUGGGUUACAUUCACCAGCGACAGACCCCCGCCUCCAGAUGAGCCCGCUCCCCCUCCACCUCCGGACUCCCCCCCUCCGGACACGCCCUCGUCCACCCCCUCCACCCCUUGCCUUUCUCCGGGACCACCGCCAAACGAGCCCCCUCCUUCGCCUCCCCUCCUCUCUCCCGGGUCUCCUCCACCUUUCACGCCACCUGAAUCCCCCCCCUCCAUCAUGCUCAGACCCCCACCUCCAGAUGAACCGGCCCCUCCCCUGCCUCCCGACUUCUCCCCCUCCAUUUCACCUACAAUGUGCUUCGACGACGAUGCUAUUGACGAGGAGGUGCUGCAGUUUGCAGAGUCGAUUUACUGUUCGUCCCCGGCCCCCACCAGCCCUGUGCCCCCUCUGCCAGCGGAGCGGAGGUCUCCUCGGACAGGAGUCAUAUCCCCCCUGGUCCUGGGGGGCUUUGGGGGAAAGAGGACUCCAGAGGGAGCGUACCUGAGAGAUGAUAUCUCAGACUUUGUAGGUUCUCCCAGAGAGCUAACGCCGAGCUUCAGGGGCACGCCCCCCCCUCUUCCUCCCACCACCUACAGGUCUAUCAUGUCUUCCCCGGGACCCUCCUCAGGCAGCAGCCCCUCGUCCCCAGCUCGUCCCACAACGCCUCAGUCUCGAGGAAGCCCGGUCCCUCCGCCUCCACCUCCUCGACCAUCCUCGCGACCAAAGCUACCCCCGGGGAAACCAAUCACAGACCUGACUCGACCCUUCAGUCCGCCGGUGUCACGCAGCCCCCCGCCUUUUGCCCCCCUGGCCCGGGCAGAGAGCUCUUCCUCCCUUUCCUCCGUCAACUUACAUAGCGCAGCGUCCACUCCGACCUUAGGGAGGGACCUUAACAUGUCCGGCGCAGGAUGCUCCAGAGGACCCAGUCCGCUCACCAUGGGGCCCCAGGACACUCUACCAGUGGCAGCUGCCUUCACAGAAACGAUCAAUGCGUAUUUCAAAGGCGCAGACCCCAGCAAAUGUGUUGUGAAGAUCACAGGGGAGAUGGUGCUCUCCUUCCCCGCGGGCAUCACCAGGCAUUUUGCCAGCCACCCGAUUCAACCUAUCCUCACAUUCUGCAUCAGCAACUACAGCCGACUGGAGCAGGUUCUCCCCAACCCUCAGCUGCUGUGCUGUGAUUCCACAACAGAAAGUGUAGACACCAAGGAAUUCUGGGUGAAUAUGCCAAACCUGAUGAGCCAUCUGAAGAGAGUGGCUGAGCAGAAGCCUCAGGCGACAUACUACAACGUGGACAUGAUCAAAUAUCAGGUGUCUGCAGAGGGGAUCCAGUCCUCUCCUCUGAACCUGGCGGUGAGCUGGCGAGGAGACGCCAACAGCACAGACCUGAGAAUAGACUACAAAUACAACACGGAGGCCAUGGCCGCCCCCGUGCCACUACACAACCUCCAGUUCCUGGUUCCUGUGGAUGGCGGCAUGGCCAAACUCCAGGCCAUGAUCCCCCCUGCCACCUGGAAUCCAGAGCAGCAGACGAUACAGUGGAAAAUCCCUAGUCUCUCUCACAGAUCGGAAAAUGGAGGAGUAGGUGCUCUCCUGGGCCGGUUCCAGAUGACAGAGGGUCCCUGUAAACCCUCCCAGCUGGCAGUGCAGUUCAGCAGUGAGGGCUGCACUCUAUCUGGCUGCGACAUCCAGCUGCUGGGGACGGGCUACCGGCUCUCGCUCAUCAAGAAGAGAUUUGCUGCAGGGAAAUAUUUGGCGGAUAAUUAGCGGACCUGUUUGUGAACGGAACCAAAAGAAUCAAUGGCGUUUGACUGUGAAGACUAUGGAUCCAUCCCAUGUUUAGUGCAUCUGAAACCUCAUUUUAAGCAACCAUUAAAAUAACUGGUUGAGAUUUUACAGAAUAACAAAACACACACACACACCCACGCACCCACACACCCACCCACGCACGCACGCACACACACACACACACACACACACACACACACACACACACACACACACACACACACACACACACACACACACACACACACACACACACACACACACACACAGGAUUAUUUAGUUCAGGACAUCAUCAUUCAGUAGACGGACUCCUGCUGAGUUUAUGCAAGUAAAAGCAAAUCAUUAGUUUUGUGCACUUAUGGGCUUAUAUGGAGUAUAACAUCGGGAAACCCUGAUUCUUUGUUCUUGUUAACAUAUUUGUGGAUUCAUACAGUGAUCCAGCCUUAUUCAUUGCAGUUUCUGUUGUCAUUGCAAAAUGCACUGUAAAGGAUGAUGUGAAAAGAUUAUAAUGCAAUCUAUAACAAAGUGGAAAAGACAGGAAAAUCAAAAAAAUGGUGUAGUAUACAUUUGCUAUACAGUUGUAAUCCGAUAAGUUGUAGGUUUCAUGGUAAUAUCUGAUAUACACUGCCACCUCAAAUCAGAGUUUUUUUCCACCAUGAGUGAGAUCUUAAUGGCUGUCUAACAGAACGGAUGUUUCUGUUUAGACAGCCUUUGAAAUAUCACAGUCCAUUCUAUCAGUCUUGUGAUUGAAGGGGAUUGGUCAGUUCACAGUUCAGAAUGACCCGCAGCGCUGGACUAACAUCAGCACUUUUAGUCUGGAGGUGCUUUUUAUACGGAAUUAUAUUGGUGCUUCAAUCUGGAUCGUAUGAUGGGGAAUUUGAGGACAGUAAAACUUUGUGUGCAAGCAUGUAAAUAUUAUUUUGUUAAGUUUUAACCAUGCAAAGUAAAACAUCAUUUGAGCAUUGGAAGAAUUCUACUUAUUUUACUUAUAUCAAAUUAAAUUACGUUUUUUUUUUAUCAAUACACUAUCACGUAAUUACAGGCAUCUUUUUAGAGUAAAAGCUCAGAACCCACUUUACAUUACCUGCCCAGCAACAAACAGAUAGCAACUAGCUGACAGACACCAAAGUGCCAGAUUUCCUCAGGAGUUGUUAGGGACAAGAAAACAUGACUUAAAGCUGAGAAAAUAUUGGACUGUCAAUCAUCAGGUGACCAUAAACACACCUCCAAAUAAAUGCUAAUGUUACUGCGUAUCUGCUGGAUGUGCUAGCUGCUAACAAGUUGAUUAAAUCAACUUAAAAGCUGAUUAAAUGUCACUGUUUCCAAAAGGAACCAGAAAAUCAUCAAAUUGCAGGAUUAACUUCGCUUUUUUUAAGUGACUUUAUUAACUAUUAUAGUACCAUGGCUGUGUGGAUGCUCAUUAUCAAGUUAGCCAGCUAGCUUAGGUAGCUACGGCAUAUCUAGCAGGCUUUUGCUAUAGCUACUUAUUAUUUCUUACACUACCAAGGUAGCUAGGGUUCUUAUGUAUGAUGAACCACCUGAAAAAAAGAUUCAUAAAAUGUGUGUGUGUUUGUGUGUAUUGUAUAAAUCAUACUUUAUGUGUGGCUGCUUUCCAUUCUACAACAAGAUAGGUUUAUUAUCGUGAAUUGUAUUUAGCUCAGCUGAUACCGAUAACCCAUAAUUAGCUGCUCCUCAUGGCCGAUAUUAAUAAGAUGACUGAUAACUGUCAAUUUUUUUAUUCUAAAAGAGAAGUUCACAACCUGUAGUUUAUGCACACCUAACCAAAUUAUAGUGGCAUCACUAUUGUGAAUAUACCAAACCAACCAACCAACUAUUGAUCCUCUUCAAAUGUUAUCAAAAUGUUUUAUACAUUCGACCAUGUGUACAUUCGAAAAAUUGAAUGGCAAUCAUAUUGUCUUCCUCGGACUGUGAAAAACGUCCACUCUGGUGCAAACGUAUAGCUUUCUAGAGUUUUCUUCUUACAACUUCCUAACGACUACGUCAUUAUAGGAACAGUUCGUAAUUACGUAAUGAUAACUUACUCCGAUUUAUAUUGUGUAUCCCUCAUGAAUACUCUACAAAAUAUAAUUUAUGUGCUUGCAAAAACUCUUAUUUUGUCCCAUCCAGUGUUCAAGAUUGAAGCACUUACUGUAUAUGUAAUGCUACACUUUUACACAUGCAGCUUUUACCACUGCAACGAUGGCAUUUUGUCUUUAACGGGUCAUGUAAACAGAAAGUUGAAACUGUCUGCUGAAGAACAAAAAGCAUUACAUAACCACUAUGGGCACGUGCAAUGCUGAGAUACAUCAACUUCCCCACACCACAGGACUUUUAAGUGGUAUUUGUUGUUGUGAAUGGUCAAAUUUUGUAACAAAAAGGCAAAACAGAAGCUGCUACUUUCACUGGAAGGUUAAUUUUAUUCUGUUAAUGUUACAGAAAAGAGUUUUGAAAAGGGCCUUAAGACAACAUACAGAGCCAGACCUGAGUGCCAUAUGGUGGGGAGGAGGAGCUUUAAGUUUCAGGAGAAAUCUAAAGGGGGUUGACAAGUGUAGGAGUUGCCUUUGAUGCUGCUUAAAAAAGUUGGCCACUUCCUUUGACCACGAUCUCUGAUAGAGGUCUUGAGGAGGAAUAUCGGGGACAUCACAGAGUAACGAAAAGAAAUGUCUAUGAAGAGGACAGCACUAUUCAUGUACCCUGUUUUAUUUCCUUCCUUUUCCACCAUGUUGAAUAAAUGUUUUAUCAUUUUCUAAUAGCAAUAUUUAAGUGUAAAAAGUGUACAUAAAAAAGCUAUGUUUCGAAUAUUUCUCUGGGCAUAUGGAUGUGUCUGUGAUCGUCCCUUGGUUUAUCGAUGUCAGCACUCAUGAUGAAUUCUGUAACAACACUCAUCUAUUGUUUUACAUGUGGGUUUCUGUACCAAAAAAAAUACCUGUAACUGUUGAUGAAUAACUCCAAACGGUGCCGCAUGAAAUCUGCAUUCGUUCCAUUCCAGUCUUAUCAAUGCAAUACUAAUUUAUCCAUUUCAAUAAGGUCAUGAUGCGUGUGUUAUUGUAUAAUCGUGCUAUGGGAGGAAACGUUCUGCCUUCACUUAAACCUCCACUCUGUUUUGCUGUUGUUGCACCUUCAAAAAACUUGUUGUCAAUAAAUUUGGCAUGUAUUCAUAGCUAAUCCCAUUUCAUGCAUCUGAUAUAGGUGUUCUCCUGUUUGACUUGACCACAAAACACACUUUAAAUUCCAUUAAUAAAACAACCCAUGGGCUCAUGUCACAUACAAUAUGUGUUUGAACAUCACAUUUCAUACAAUGUUUUCAUGUGUUGACUCACAAUUUGGGCAUAGGUGUAAUAUUUCAUUUAGUCUUCGAAAAAGAACAAACGAUAUUUAAGUAAUUUAAGAAGGACUGUUUUCAGUGUUUCUGUUUGUUUUGCUUACAUUUUAUUUGCCUUAUUUUUCAGAAUACACUUAUUCCUCCAAUAGGUGAGGGUUUCUGUAUGUUGUUGUUUAUUUUUUCUACAACUUUUAUGGCUGUAUUCCUUUCACUGCAUUAGACACAGAAUAUGCAAACAUGUCAUGUAAAUUUCCCAUCCAAAGAUUUUGAAAGUAAAUAUAUGAAAAAAAAUCAAUAUAAUGUAAUACCUGUUUUACUUGGUAAUAAAGAAGAGGAAAUAUG